AUGAGACAAAGAAAUGAUAAAGCAUUUAUUGAACUUCUUAACAGAGUAAGAACUGCCACACAAACAAAAAAUGAUAUAAAGGUAAUCCAAUCAAGAUCAAUAUCUCCAGAUGACCCUAAUUAUCCAUCACAUGCACUCCAUAUUUGGGCAGAGAACUCACCAGUUGACAAGCACAACAAUGAGAAAUUGCAAGAACUUUCUGGACCAUUGUUUAUUCUAAAGGCUAAAGACCAAUUCCCACCAAAUGUCAAGAAACAAGAUAUUGAUACAGUUCUAGCAAGAAAACGAUCUGAAACAGGUGGACUUGAUUUGGAAAUUCAUAUUAAACAAGGUGCCAGAGUGAUGCUCACAACUAAUAUUAGCAUUGCAGAUAGACUUAUCAAUGGACAAAUGGGAACUGUCUUUAAAGUUGAUGUUAAUCCAAUUAACCGGAAACCAACUGUUCUUUACAUUAAAUUUGAUGAUCCAAAUGCUGGUAAAAAUCUUCUAAAUACCACUAGCAAUGUUUUGGCAAGAGAACAUCAAGUUGUCCCAAUUGAACCUGUGUUGGCAAAGAUCAAGAUUAGGCCAG